UGAACUUCAUCCGACAAUGCGUGAGAUAUGAACCCGAAUAAAAAAAAUGAGAGCCUGAGAGUAGAAAAUAUUCUCGGAGAGAAGAAAAACAUUUAUGUAUGGGUAUUAUAGUCGGAGGUUGACUAGCUGGUACUCGAGCCUAUACAAAGUAUUUGUUUAGCGCGUUCAAACGUUUAUUUGUAUGAGUGAAUAUUUCCGUUCGCACGUUGAGCGCGCGUGUGGAUUGAGGGUUUGCGAAGAGAAAAUCGUGAGAGCAUCGGCAUUCAAUCGACGAAUCUUGCGGCGUACAGACGCAUUAAUUAUCAAAGUUCGCGAGUGAUACAAAAUGGCCGACCAGCCGAAAGAAAAAAAUUACCACAAUGACGCAGCGAAAGCUCCCACAAAGAGUGGAUCUGGCUCUAAGAUGUCUAAGAAAGAUCGCAAGAUGACCAAACUGGAGAAGUUAACUUGCAAGUUAGAAGCAGAAAAAGCAGAGAUGGCGGAGCAGCUCAAGAAAAUGCAAGCGGAAAUGGAAGCGAUGAAGUCUGGAAGAGGUAUCAGCUCCACACCCGAUAAAGACGUUGUUGAACAAGAUAGCGUGGAUUUUGCAGUUGUACCGUGCGCAUCGAGUACUCGCCAUGGGAGAACAAUUGGAACUGCAGAAGAAUCUCGCUUCUUAUGUUCUGUUAAUCAACUCUCGGUAUCAUCUAUUACCAUUCCGGAGUGCAAGCCGGCAGAAGGAGACGACGAAAUACACCGGCGUACAUAUGAAAUGUGGAAGGACCUUCUUACCGAUAGUUUGACUCUAGCCGGAAUCGAGGAUGAGAUGACAAAAUUCAUUGUAUUCAAAGUGAAGGCUGGUUCCCGCUUACUUUCUAUCUUCAAGAAUACCAAAUCCGACGAUGAAGCUCCUGAUGCAACGACAUGUCCUUUCUCUAAUGCGCUUCACAGACUCAAACUUUAUUUUGGGUCUGGGUCUGAUGUAAUGUUCCAAAGGCGUAAGCUCUCUCUGAUGGAACAAAGACCAGAAGAAUCAGAUUUAGCCUUCAUCACCAGAGUGGGUGAUACGGCACAGCUGUGUGAUUACGACAAAACCAAAGAGUUUGAGGAAAUCGUCAAAACUGUCGCAGAGCACGCCAAGUGCAAAGAAGUAAGAGUUACGGCACUCAAGAUGGUUAGUCGAAACGGAACCUUUACGGAUUUAGUGGACAAGGUCCGGGAAAUUCAAGCGAUCCGCAUGAAUGAAGAAUUCUUCGAAGCAAAAUAUGGACGACGCCAAACAAUAACAAAAGAGGCAAUGCUGGCUCCGGAUGGCGGCCGAAUAAAGCUUACGAGCCGUUCAGAGGAAACUCGGAGAACCGGAACGUCCCUUCUCGAUCUGAUAGGUGUUGGAGAUGCCUCAGCUAUUUUCACUUACCAUCGGAGUGCGGAGCAGCAAGCCUUGUUUGCAGAAAAUGUGGCCAGUUGGGACACAUUCAGAGAGCGUGUGAAUCACCGAAGAAUCAAAAGCGAGUUGCAACUAAAGAAUUGUCAGAAAUCGAAGCAAAGCAGUCCAAAAUGGAAUCGGUCGAAGAGAAGACAGGUGAUACGAAAGCGGAUGAACAAGUGA